AUGGGGUUGGACUGGUUGGCCGACGAGGCCGAAGGAGCGCUGCGGGAAGAGUGCAUAUGGAGAUUGCAGCAGCUGCAAGAAAUGGGGCGCCGGGAGCGGCUCAUCAGGUCGGACAUGGAUCUGGCUGUGACACAGGCCGAAGGAGCGCUGCGGGAAGAGUGCAUAUGGAGAUUGCAGCAGCUGCAAGAAAUGGGGCGCCGGGAGCGGCUCAUCAGGUCGGACAUGGAUCUGGCUGUGACACAGGCACAGUCCUUUAGGCACCAAAUCACCGAAAUACUGUUUUUUCAACUUCCCGAGGAUUCGGUGACUGAGCAGCAGAUUGUAGAGAAGAUCAAGCACAUCGAAGCCACGAAUGCGGAAUAUUGCCGGAAGGAAAUGGAGCUGAGGGAGGAGAUGCGCGUCAAAAGAUCCGAAAUGGAGCAAGUGUCCGAAAACAUUGAGAGGUUGAAGAAAGCCUUGGAAGGAGUUCAGGAUUUCUUGCAAACUCCCUACUGCAGCCACAGUUUGCAGAAGAAGGUCUUCGAUCUUCAGAACAUCAACCUGACCCCACCGGCUUCGGACGUCCAAGCCGCAUCGGUCCAAAUCCUGGGCGGUUUGUUGAACUGGGUGGACGCGAUGGAAGGCCUCCUUCAGGACUUGGAGUUGGAUCUGCCCGCCUGUGAAAAAGGAAUGUCCUCCUACAUAAAGGAGCUGCGGGACCAUCACCACCACACCAUGGCCCGGCUUCAGACGAUUGAGGCAUCUCAGGAGACCUUCCUGCAGGAGAAGCUGAAGGAGCUGAAGGACCAACUCCAGGAGGAGUUUCAAGGCAAAGAGAAGGACCUUCUGGAAGCUGAGAAGGAGCACCAAAAGGUUUUGGAGGAGAUGGUUGCCCUGGAAGAAGAGAAAUGGAAGGAUGCCGUUGAGGAAGAAAAGAAGAAGGUCAAAGCUCUGGAAACUCAAGUGAAACAAUUGGCUGAGGAACAGUUCCUUCAGGAGCGCAUCAAAGUCAACGGGAAAGCUGGGAACCUGGGCGGGGGCGUCGUGACCAUCGAGAGGAGCAAGAGCAAGAUCACCGUCACCUCCGAGGUCCCCUUCUCCAAAAGGUGA